AUGGCUGAUUUCCCGGUUACUUCUUCUCUUCACAAAGAAGAACGACUUAAUACGACUGCACCACUUUCUACACCAUUUGACCCUGCUGUCGUUGCUGAAAUAGCAAAACAAAACAAGAAUCCUUUACUGGAAAACCUUGUUGAUGUGCUGUGCGGUUCUGUGGCAGGCUCUGCUGGAAAAAUCAUUGAACAUCCCUUCGAUACUGUCAAGGUCCGUCUCCAGUCCCAACCUGACUCUUUCCCACCUCAGUUCAAGGGCCCAGUAGACUGUAUCCGCCAGACUUUUCAAAACGAAGGGUUUAUGGGAUUUUACAGAGGAAUGGCUUCGCCAAUUAUUGGCGCUGCACUGGAAAAUGCUUCCCUCUUUUUAACUUACAACGCAGCUCAAAAGUUUAUCCGAAAGCAUUGGUAUCCAGAAACUUUAGCUCUUAAUGAAGAAAAUAAACAGCCUCUUCCUCUCCAUAUUUUACUUCUUUGCGGUUCAUUUUCUGGCUGUGUGACCUCGUUCAUUUUGACUCCAAUCGAGCUCAUUAAGUGCAGAAUGCAGAUUCAAAUGCUUUAUAGUAGUGCACCCGCUUCAAACACUUCUUCGCCACCUGGUUCGCGAAUUGUUUCAUCGCGAAAAAUUCACACUAAUACUUUUACUCCUUCUGCUAAAGUCCAGGGGCCCAUUGACCUGAUUUUGGAUGUCUACCGCAAGGAAGGUGUUGCCGGUUUUUGGCGCGGACAAACCGGAACUUUACUCCGAGAGGCCGGAGGUUCUGCAGCUUGGUUUGGUGCAUACGAGUACGUGAACCAAGCAUUUCGCAAAUUCUAUAAGCGUGACAAAAACACCACCGUUGAAAACAUGAUUGCUGGUGCAUGCUCUGGUGUCAUGUUCAAUCUUUCGCUUUUCCCCGCCGAUACAAUCAAGUCUCGCAUGCAGACAGAGGCCAUGAUUAACAAACCUGGAACUCCUCAAAUGGGGUUCUUUGAAAUGGGAAAAAGAAUCUACAAGGUCGGAGGUAUCCGAGCUUUAUACCGCGGCUGCGGAAUUACCAUUUCUCGCGCAGCCCCUUCGAGUGCCAUUAUUUUUGUUACAUACGAAAAACUUAAGGAUGUUGUGCACGGCUUUCUUUAA